GCAGCCUCCUUCUCUCUGCUCCUCAACCACAAAAACAUCUUCAGCAAUGGAUGGAGCCCGGGUCUACCUGGUGACAGGAGGAUGUGGGUUUGUGGGGGAGAGGAUCGUAGAGCUCCUCUCUCAACAAGACUACAUCAAAGAAGUCAGAGGUUUUGAUUCAGCUGCAAGAGAAGAAGUAGAAAAACUCAGCACAGGUACUGAAAAUGUGGUAAGGGCCUGCUGUGUCCUGAACAUCCCACACCUGCUCUACACCAGCCCUAUCACUGCCAUGGGACCCAGCACCUCCUGUGAGCCCCUGCUCAGAGGAAAUGAGGACACUCAGUACGGUGGGGAAGUGGAGCUGCCCUACGGGAAGACAAAAGCCAUGGCAGAAAAAAUUGUGCUUGAAGCCAACGGAACAAAGCUGAGCAAUGGUGGCACACUCAGAACCUGCAUCCUCUGUGCCAACACCGUGUAUGGGGAGAAGGCAGCGUUCCUGCAGGAGCUGUAUGUGCUUGCCAGAGCCAGGAAUGGUGUUCUCAGCUACCUGGAGCCUGAAGACACCGAGCGGAAUCACACCUACGUGGGGAACGUGGCAUGGAUGCACGUCCUUGCAGCAAGGCACCUGCAGCUGAAGGCAGACCUGCUGGCAGAACAGGUUCAUUAUUGCUUUGGUGACACCCCAAGCAGGAAGGGCUUCCUGGUCAGGCACCAGCUGCUGUCCAGUGCAGACCCCUCGGUGAGGUUGGGCUCUCACAUCCCCUACUGGAAGAUGUGGUUGAUGAUACAACUGCACAGGAUCAUCAGGGUCAUCCUGUCCCCUUUCUGGAGGCCACAGCCUUUCCUCAACGUGCCCCUGCUGAACACCAUUGUCACCACCUUCUCCUUCGAGACAGACAAGGCCUCCAGGCAUUUUGGGUACAAACCCCUCUUCACGUGGCAGGAGAGCAGGCUCAGGACUGCACAGUGGCUGAAAGCAGCUGCAGGGAGCCUGGGACCCCCCCCAGCUGCAUGAACAGAAGAACUGAACAGCACUUUUGGG